UAACACCUCUCAGCGGGGUGGGAUUUUUUUCCUCCUCCCAAACUUUUCCUACCUUCUCCAAAAGUCAUGAGAAGCCUCAGUGUGGCCGGACGGAGAGGAGCAACAAGGGCCGUGUGGAGCAGGGAGGUGGGAACCAGCCUGACUGCAGCUGCAUGAAUCGCUCACUGAGCAGCAGAGAGGUGUUGAUUUGAAGCUGUGCUCGGUGCUGAAAGGUCCAAGACCUGAAAAAUGACUCAGUCAGUUCAAGUUAACACGAAGCUGCCCGAUCUGGGCUCUCCAUUUAUCUACUCCAGUCAAGAGGAGGCUGACCAGCCAGGCUCCUACUCCGUCCAGACUCCAUAUGGUUUCCAGCUGGAUCUGGACUUCCUCAAAUAUGUAGAAGAGAUAGAAAGUGGGCACAAUGUCCGCCGGGCACCCGUCAGCUCCCGUCGCUCUGGACGAGGUCUCAAACUCUCCCAGAGGAGUCCGGGGGUUGGGGGACGCACCAGUGGGUGGACAUCCACAGAGUCUCUCUCAUCUCCAGCAAGUGAGGACGGCAGAGCUCCCCCUCCACCGCCGCCACGCAACCGCCUAGGGUCAGCACCAUGUGAAGUACUCUCUCUGUCACCUGUGACUCUUCUUUCUGCUCCUCCUCUCUCUGCUGGAGCCAAAGUACCUCCCCCUCCACCCUUGCGUAACCCCAGAGUAGAGCGGACUCUUCUAGAAACCAGCAGGCGGCUACAGCAGGAACAAACCCACCAGCAUCAGAAUGGGGGGCGCAUACAGCUCGCAGACCCUCCAAAACAGCUCUUACCUUCUACAUCCACUCAGCUUUUGCAGAGCAGCUUCAUUAAACCCAGUCCUGCGACUUCUGGGCGCAGCACUCCAGCAACUAGCAAUGCGAUGACUCCAAUCCCACCCAGCCAGCUGCAGACAGUCAGAGAGCAGAUGGCUAUAGCUUUGAAACAGCUGAAGGAGAUGGAAGAGAGGGUGAAGGGUGUUCCUGCGCUGGAGAAAGAGGUGGCGAAGCUUCGUGCAGAGAAAGACAUGCUCCUGUUGGCCCUGCAGGAAAAGAAAGUAUCAAUGGAGGCGGCCCUGCAGAGGCAACCAUCCACAGAGUCCUCUACCCAAACUACUCAAACCACAGAGAGCCUUCAAGGUGAUCAGAGUGUCCACAGUCGAUUGACUGCACCGACCUCACCUGCUCAUAAAGGGCUCGGGAAAUCUGGUGAACUGAAAAGGCUGACUGAGAAAUUUGAAGGGAAGGAAGAGAAAGCUUUGAAUCCUCCUUCAAAAGUUACAGAAAAAGCGACUGUUAUUGAGAAGAAAUCAGUGGCUGCCGGGGACGAUACUCCAAUGAACUGUGUCGUCCUCUACUACAGCCAGGGUGUGAAAGAUGCCUCUGAAGGCACAUCAGUAGAUCUUUGUGAGAAAGGCACAGGAACAGAGACCGCUGUGCUCCAUGAGGAGGGAACACAGGCCUCUGUUCAGACAGAAGAUGCAGAGGUCUGGGUCAUGGAGUCUCUGCUUGGGCUGACAAGCGAAGCACAGCGGGAGAUCGACACUUUACAGGACACCAUAAAAUUCCAGCAGGAGUCCAUCGUGGUCUUAGAGGACCGGUUAAGUGUAGCCGACAAAGACCUGGAGAUCUUUAAAGCCAAGAUGGAGGAGAAAACCUCCAAAGUCACAUUUGAGAAGGGGGUUCUUGCAAAACCAGAGACAACAAACGCCCAGGUGGAGACAUUACCACUGGUGUUACAGGAUGCUGCAACUUUGUGCCAUCCUGAGGUGACUGACGCAUGCGUAGGUGAGAGCUUAACGUCAGAUCGAACCGAACAAAGCACUCAGACUGAUGCUGUGGAGGAAGACGCAAAACCAGCUGCUGUCGCCGUGGUCAGCACUGGGAGCCAAUGGGAAAACUUGUUAGAGGAGAAGAAGGUGGAGCAGAAAGUUGCAUUGCCAAAGAAGAGGCAGUUGACCAUUGCUGAUUACAAGGUGUCACUGGAGGAAGAGAUGAUCAGUAUGGCCGAGACGAAAGAGGAAGAGCAGGGAGAGGAUACGGCGACCAUCAACACAAAGACAGGUAUGCUGAAAUCAAUCAUGAAGAGGAAGGAUGGGAGUAACUCCAGUGAGACUCGCUCCGCUGGAAAGAAGAGCCUGCAGUUUGUUGGGAUUCUAAACGGAGGAUAUGAAUCUACAUCAAGUGAAGAAGAGGAGGAAGAGGAGGAGGAAGAAGAGGAGGAUGACGAUGGGAGUUCUUCUGGUGAGAGUGGAGAAGGCGAGUGCUUGGACAGCACCGAGGAGGAUGAGGCAGCUCUGGAGGAAGAAACAUCCGAAGAGGAGAGAAAUGUCAACCUGGACGAGAGUGACACGGACGAGGAGUCCCUGAAAGCUUCGAAUUAUUCCUCUGACGCUGUGAAAGAGAAGUUUGAGUUGAGCUCAAAGAUGCGUGAAGCCUGCCUCAUCAUGAAGAACCACCUGAAUGAUGACGUUAAAGCACUGAAGAGCAAAGAAGUGCUCUCCAGCACCCACACCGUCCAGCUUGAGUGGUUUCGAAUCUCCAGCGCCAAGAUGGCUCAGCCUCCGCGGGUCUCAGACUACCUGAUGGCGUUCUCUGAAGUGUCGCCAGUUCUGCUGGAGCACGUGGUCAAUAUGACGGAUGGCAACGGCAACACAGCUCUGCACUACAGUGUCUCCCACUCCAACUUUGGUGUUGUGGGGCUGCUGCUGGAAACAGGUGUUUGCAGUGUGGAUAAGCAGAACAAGGCGGGCUACACGGCCAUCAUGCUGGCCGCUCUCUCUACUGUGAAGGAGGAGGACGACAUGGUUGUGGUCAAGAGGCUGUUUGGUCAGGGCAACGUCAACGCCAAGGCCAGCCAGGCUGGCCAGACAGCGUUGAUGCUAGCUGUCAGCCACGGUCGUCAGGAGAUGGUGCGGGCGCUGCUGGAGUGCGGCGCUGACGUUAACGUGCAGGACGACGAAGGAUCUACGGCUCUGAUGUGUGCGAGCGAACACGGCCGCGCUGAGAUCGUCAAACUGCUCCUGGAACAGCCUGGCUGCGACAUAUCCAUCAUUGAUAAUGAUGGCAGUAAUGCGUUGUCCAUCGCACUCGAGGCGUCUCACAAUGACACAGCUGUGCUGCUCUACGCCCACAUGAACUAUGCCAAGACGCAGCCUGCCGUGGGGAGUCCAAAGGCCCAGCCCAGGAGCCCCACCAGCCCCCACAAGCCGUGGCCUUCAGACUGACGGGAUAAAGGAUGCUCAUCAAGGAGGACGGAGCGGCAAACAUAACUGGAUCUGAGCUUUGAAAAGCUCCACUGGAAUUUACUUAAAUAUAUAUGUAUUUAUAUACUGCAUUAUGCCCUGCAUUUAUAAGUAUUGUUGAUAUGAGAAUACUAUUUUUCCAUAAUGGUUUUAUCAUAAACUUGACUAAUAUGAGCUCCUAGCAUGUCUAAACGAGGAUCUGGAGAUCAGACACCUUAUGUAUCAUUUGCACUCCACUAAUAUUUCACUGUUUAUGGCAACACACACACAUGGCAUGAGAUUAUGAUGUGAUGUAAAAUAUUUGCCAUGUGGACCCAAAAGUUACCAGAAUGAUAUAAAUAUAGAUACAUAAGUGAUUUACAGUUAAUCAGAGUUUACGCUGGAUGGCACAUCAUGCAUCGUCCAGAGUGAGAUCACAUGACCCUGCUGUGUGUUGCCCUCAGUCUCUCUCUCUGUAGUGCUUUGGAUCAGCUGAUCUGUGAACCUCUUCACUGUCAUAACCUGCACUAACUGUCCCUGUAUUUUAUGUUCAUAUAAAUAUUUACAUAUAAAUAUAUAUUCCUGUUAAAAUAAACAUAUUUACAGAAAA